GCCGUACGCCGCCAUUUAAUUGUGACUGUCCGAGCGCACCGCACGUGUCGCGAGCUACCAUACCGCAAUAUUAAACAAACAAACAACAUGAGUACUACCGGCGCCUCCUCCGUCCUCCUGUUCAUCCUGAACAUCCUGCACGUGGUGUUCGGGCUCGGCAUCACCUGUGCCGCCAUCUGGUUCUUCGUGGAGGUGCACAGCAUCACCAGCCUGCGCAACACCAACCACUACCUGCUCGACUACAACGUGUACUGGCCGCAGGCCAUCCCCUGGGUGUUCAUCUUCGUCGGAGUGUUCGUGGUGUGUGUGUCGUGCUGCGGCUUCGUCGGCGCCAAGAAGAAGAGCAGUGGCCUGGUGGUGAUGUACAUCGUGUUCGAGGUGACCGCCAUCCUCGCGCUGGUGACGGCCGCGGUGGUCGCGCUCACCUGCGCCGACAGCAGCUCCACCGACAAGUUCAUCCAGGACACCGUCUGGGACGUCUUCACCACCAUGAAGAACGACCGCAACGUGGAGGUGGACUUCGGCAACAUGGAGAAGCGGCUGCAGUGCUGCGGCGCGUCCAGCCCGCGCGACUACAUCAACUGGCGCCGCGACUUCCCCGUGUCGUGCUGCGACACCUACUACCACGGCUGGAUCGGCCAGUACAACAUCGACUGCGACUUCACCAACAAGCUGGCCAACGAGCGCCACGGCUGCACCGAGGUGGCCACCAACUACACGCGCAUCAUCAUCCGCGUGCUGUCCGGCGCGUGCGCAUUCACCGCCUUCCUCGGCCUCAUGAACCUGAUCGUCGCCGUCACGCUGUCCAAGAGCAUGAAGAACCGCCGGCCGAAGCCGAUGCCGGUGCAGCUCGAGUCGGAGAGCAAGAAGGGUCUGCUGUAAGUGAACAAGUUGUGUGCCGCGAGGUUCUAUCGGACCAGUGUUGAAUAUUGACUUAACUAGUUUUUCCUUUCACGUGAAGCGAGAAAUCGUAGUUAAGUAACAUGUCGAAUGUUACGCGUGUGUGAAGUGAUAACGCAAUACUAAACAGUUUGCGACAGUAUUUGUAUGGAAGUAUUUAUUUAGGCUAGUGUAUGCGAGUAAGUAUUGCACAUGCGCGGUAUUAGCUUUAACGUGGUAUCCACCGGUCGCUCGGCCGCUCGCGCCGAGAGCUUCUAGUCUGAGACGCGACGCAUUGAGUGCAUCAAUUAAAUCUUCCAGGCAUGUGCAGUACGGACAAAGAGUUUGAAUGAGUCAAUUUAAGUAGCCUUAACUACGGGAUAAUUGAAUCGGUUGUUAGUCAUAUAAUGGCGCUCUGUCCUCCGUCGCCUGAACCCAACGAAUGACUGACCUUUGUAUUUGUUGAGCAAGAUGGACGAGCGAGAUAAUUGUCUCUGAUAUAUUUUACACGUUUUACAGCAAAACGUUGGUUGAAAUAUUUCAGUGGAGGAUUGUAAUUAGUGUUGUUAUCCAGUAGUGCUAUGGUAGGAGUUGUCGAGUGAUAAUUAAUGUUAAUUGUCCUCACCGAUCUGGUUUGUAUCUCCAAAAUCGAUACAAUAAUGUAUUGUGAUGUAGUUUUAUACGAAUGAUGUUUUAAUGUUCUACAACUAGUUUUAAAGUUGAUUUACUUUCAAAUGGUUGUAGUGGCAUUUAAUAUAUUAAUACUAAUAUCGUGAAUCCGUCUGUUUUAUCAACUUUAACCUAUGAGGUAACACUGUUAUGUAGGACACUUGUAUUUUAUGUAUUUAUUAGAAGUUAUGACAUAGCUACUCUAAUAUUAUUUCACGCUAGCAUUUUUGUAGGUCUCAUUUGUAUAGCGACUGAAUUAGUUGUUGAAUGAGGCAUUGGGUUCGAAUCCCAAGUCGAGCUUUGUCUUAAUGUUUUUUCUUGAGGAAAAAUUCAAAGUAGCAGCUCGAUGGUUGACUAUAGACACAUAAGGAAUGACAAUAUUAUUAGUAGAGAUGUGCUUAUUCCCUUGUAAUGUGGAUUUAUGAUAUUGUAAGUGUGAUUGUGUUCCCUUAAUGUAAUCUCAUACAUUCCUGUAAAUAGUACUAAGGAGUAAAAUUGUAAAGUUUUCAAAUGAUGUUGGUGCCAGUUCGAAACCACAUUACCUCAGUUGCGUUAUAGCAGCAAAGAGCAAAAACAACAUUUGAAAACGUACAAAUAUGAACUUUAAUAGCCUAACGUUAAAGACUUGAUUUGUUACGCAAAAUGUUCUUACGUAAUAUUUAUUUUUCUGUAUGUUUAUCACAUCAUCGUGAAUUACAGAACCUCUGUGAGUAUGUUGUGUACCUGUGGUUGAGAGUUGAGGUCCAAAGAUUAGGCUGGUUACACACCGACAGCCGGCGUCAAGCUCGCUGACGGCUGCUUGACGCCGGCUCGAUAGAUAUAAGUCUUGAUAGCAUAGAUAUAGAGUUCAAAUUAUGUUGUUAUUUUAUAAGCGCUUUGUGUAUUUGCAUUUUGAUAUUAAAAUAGACUGGAUGUUUUACAUAA